GCGGGGCCGCGGCGGCAGCGGCGGCGCGCGCGGUCCCCGGAACGUGCGCACCGCAGACGGCGCGGAUCUCGGGGAUCCUGGUCCGCCGCGGGAACGGGGAGAACCCGGGUUCCUGUGUGAAAGACGGCGACGGCGGCGGCGGUGGGGUGGAAGCUCGUGAGAGACGGUCGCGAUGAAUACGGUACUGUCGCGGGCGAACUCGCUGUUCGCCUUCUCGCUGAGCGUGAUGGCGGCGCUCACCUUCGGCUGUUUCAUCACCACCGCCUUCAAAGACCGGAGCGUCCCGGUGCGGCUGCACGUCUCUCGGAUCAUGCUAAAAAAUGUGGAAGACUUCACUGGACCUAGAGAAAGAAGUGAUCUGGGAUUCAUUACAUUUGAUAUAGCUGUUGAUCUAGAGAAUAUAUUUGAUUGGAAUGUUAAGCAGUUAUUUCUUUAUUUAUCAGCAGAAUAUUCAACAAAAAAUAAUGCUCUGAACCAAGUUGUCCUUUGGGACAAGAUUGUUUUGAGAGGCGAUAAUCCGAAGCUGCUGUUGAAAGACAUGAAAACAAAAUAUUUUUUCUUUGAUGAUGGAAAUGGUCUCAAGGGAAACAGGAACGUCACUUUGACCCUAUCUUGGAACGUUGUACCAAAUGCUGGAAUUCUACCUCUUGUGACAGGAUCAGGACACGUAUCUGUCCCAUUUCCAGAUACCUAUGAAAUAACGAAGAGUUAUUAAAUUAUUCUGAAUUUGAAGCAACAUAUUUUUAUACUUAAUGAAUUAUAUCUCAUUUGUCUUUUCCCUUGCAUCUUCAUUUGACUUUGGUUGUUAUAUAUUUUUUUUAACUUGUUUUCAAGGGGAUUCUAAAAAAGAACCAUCAAAAGGCGGAAAGAAGGAAAAGGUUAAUGGGCUACAGAAACUUAAAGUUUCACAAACCACACACACACA